AUGGGCAACUGCCAGGCGGCGGAGGCGGCGGCGGUCAUCAUCCAGCACCCCGGCGGGAAGGUCGACCGCCUCUACUGGUCCACCACCGCCGCCGAGGUCAUGCGGAACAACCCGGGACACUACGUUGCCCUCGUCAUCCACCGUGUCCCUGCUGAUAAUAACAAGGCGGCCGCCGCAGGGGACGCCGCGGCGGCGUCCACUGGCGGUGGCGGGGCCAAGAUCACCAGGGUCAAGCUGCUCAAGCCCAAGGACACGCUGCUCCUUGGCCAGGUCUACCGCCUCAUCGCCGCGCAAGAGGUGACGAAGGCGCUGCGGGCGAGGAAGAACGAGAAGAUGCAGCGGUGCGAGGCCAUCAGGCAGCAGCACGAGCAGCUCCGGCGCGGCGACGGGGCGGACCAGAGCUCUUCCAACCAGGACGGGAAGCAGGACAAGGACCGGCACCGGGGAAGAGGCCGGCACUGGCGGCCGGCGCUGCAGAGCAUCUCCGAGGCCGCGAGCCACAGCAGCAGCAGCGUCUCUGAAUCCGCCACCAGCUGA